ACAUGGUCAGAAGUUGCUCUACAUUUUUCACUUUCACCACACAGGCCUGAUGUAGUGAACAAGAAAUAUUAUUGCCUUUACUUUCUAAAAUUAGAAAUGGAUGAUCAUCACAUGCAUAUGGACCAUUCAAAUCAUGAGCAUGUCACUCAUAAUAUGAACCAACUUAACAAUGCACAUGUAGGCCACAAAAUGGUAAUGAAUUCGUCACACGGCGUAGACAUCGCUAACGUCUUCAAUACUUCGUUCAACAAUAUGGUGCACAGUUCUAGCGCUAAUGGCCAUGCAAUGCACGAAGGUCACCAUGGUGGAAUGAUGCACUCAAUGACUGUAAAAACGAUUUUUUUGCCGUUUCAUGGUGGCUAUUUGGAAACUAUUCUAUUCUCAUGGUGGAAAGUAACUGACGUUGGAGAAUUUGUUGGAUCUUUCUUUGCAAUAUUCAUUAUGGCUUUGUUAUAUGAAGGCCUUAAAUAUUAUAGAAAGCAUCUAUUAUGGAAAACAUAUACCGGACUCCAGUAUUGCGCUGUGGCACCUCCUGACAAAGGCGUCGCUAAUAUAUGUGCCACAGACGAGCCACAAGUUAUACAGCCUGUACCACAUGUUCUUGAGAGAAAUGUUCCAACCAUGUUGAGUACGGCCCAUGCCUGGCAAACGGUUCUCCAUGGUGUGCAAGUGUUGGUGAGCUACAUGCUCAUGUUAGUUUUCAUGACAUACAAUGUUUGGUUGUGUGCCGCCGUCGUGCUCGGCUCCGCCACCGGGUAUUUCCUGUUCGGCUGGCGAGAAUCUGUUGUUGUGGACUUUACUGAACAUUGUCACUGAUAUAAUGUAGUACUUACAUGUUUGUUGUAAAUGAAAAAUUAGUAUUAUUUUUUCGAAACAUUUAACCUCGCUUUUUGAGAAGCUCAAAAUGUUAUACAAAUAUCAUGAUGUAAUAAUAUUAUCAUGUUUUAAGAAAAAAAGCUGAUGUUUUAAACUUUUGAGCAAUAUUUAUACCAGUUAUAUACUUUAUAGGAAUAUAAUUUUUAGGUUACUCUAAAAGAUAGAAAUAAAUGCUUUGGACAA